AUGUUCAUCAAUGAUCAGUCAGUCUGGCCUGGGCGCAGCAACACCUCCGUCAGGCCUGGUUGGGACAUGGUCGCCGCGCCGCGCCGGGAUGGGAUGGGGAAGAAACGAGCGCGAGCAGAGCAUCCGGGCAACACGUGCGGCAGGCAUCGGUGGUUGGACAGCCCUGCUGAUGGAGGGGCCAAUGAUGAUGUUAUGACCGACGUCACAGGCCCUUUGAAGAGGACAGCGGGCCCCGUCGCUAGCGGCCGUGACCGAAGCGUCCGGGAUCCUUGCCUGGGAGCCUGGCGCCUGGGAACCAAGCGUGUGGAGGCAGAGGCGCGAGACUCCCGUGGUCGCUCUGGCGGGACAGGCCCGGGGCGCUGCUGGGGAGGGGGAGCAAGGUCAGGGAGGGGACUGGAGGGAAUGGAGGGCGAGGAGCAGGGGCGGGAGGCGCCAGCCCAGGCCAGGGUGGCGGGGCGCCCAGCGGAGGGGUUCGUUCGGCCGCCCUGCAUGCAUCAUCGCCUCGACGUCGUCCUUUGCGCUUGUGCUUGUGCUUGUGAUGGUGUGGUGGUGGACGGCGGACGGACGGAGGAUCAAGCUGCGCUCCCUCCCAGGCUGGGGAGAGGAAGCGACAGUUGA